CAUGAGAUAAAGGAAAUGACAUUUUAUUAUAAUUGAUUUAAUUGCUUUAUUAAUUUCCCUCUACAUAAUUACAGACGAAACCCUACCAGACGAGAAGACAAACCAGAGCAAAACCAAAAAGGAAACGAAGUGAAGGAGGGCAUCAAAGCCUUGUGAAAACGCAGGGGGCAAAAACAAAGGAAAGUGAAGAGAAGAAACUGAAGGAAAAUGGGGUGGAUCGGAGAUACUGUCGAUUCCAUCAAAUCUAUCCAGAUCCGUCAGCUCCUCACUCAGGCUGUCAGUCUAGGAAUGAUUGUUACAUCUGCGCUAAUAAUAUGGAAGGCGUUGAUGUGCAUCACUGGUAGUGAGUCUCCUGUGGUGGUUGUUCUAUCUGGAAGUAUGGAACCUGGCUUUAAGAGGGGUGAUAUUUUGUUUUUGCACAUGAGUAAAGAUCCUAUUCGUGCAGGGGAGAUUGUAGUUUUCAAUGUAGAUGGCCGCGAAAUUCCAAUUGUGCAUCGUGUAAUCAAGGUCCAUGAAAGGCAAGAUACUGGGGAAGUUGAGGUCCUCACAAAAGGAGAUAAUAAUUAUGGGGAUGACAGGCUUUUGUAUGCUCAAGGUCAACUGUGGCUGCAGCGGCACCAUAUCAUGGGGAGAGCUGUUGGGUUCUUACCUUAUGUUGGUUGGGUGACAAUUAUCAUGACUGAAAAGCCUAUUAUCAAGUACAUUCUUAUUGGCGCAUUGGGAUUGCUUGUCAUAACUUCCAAGGACUGAAAGAUUGAGCAAUAUGAAGGCUUGGGAAAAAAAAAUUCCAAGUAAACCAUUCUUGUAGGAGUGGCUGUUGCCAUUUUAUUCCCCUUUCAGAGAGAUUUUCCAAUCCUUUUUUGAAAUCAAAACAGAAGAAAAAGAUAAUUUUAUCAGAUAAAUUAUUCUGUUAUAAAUGUUUAUGCAUGACUAGUUACAGGACC